AAGAUGAUGAUGAUGAUUUAGAAGACGAUAAUGAUGAUAUAGAUGAUGAUGAUGAUUUAGAUGAUGAUGGUAAUGGAUUAGAUGAUGAUUUAGAAGAUGAUAUAGAUGAUGAUGAUGAUUUAGGUGGUGAUGAUGAUGAUGAUGAUGUUGAUUUAGGUGAUGAUGAUGAUGAUGAUGGUGAUUAUGAUUUAGAUGGUGAUGAUUACGAUGAUUUAGGUGGUGAUGAUGAUUUAGAUGAUGUUGGUUUAGAUGGUGAUGAUGAUGAUUUAGAUGUUGAUGAUGAUGGUUUAGAUGUUGAUGAUGAUAAUGAGUUAGAUGUUUGA